AUGCCUCCUUCGCUCAUUAACAACGACCCUGUGCCGAGCGCACCAAGAUCACCAAUGCCUCCUCGCGGGAGGACCUCUUCGCUGCUUCCCGUGCCUACCAGAAGUAGCACAUCCUUGAGCUCAUCCCUUAGGGGAUCCUCAGCUGCUCAAAGUCCCAGUGCGGCUAAGACCAGAAGCCCCGCCAGUGCUCACAAACCGCACUCGCCUUCCGUCCAAUACCCGGCGGGCAGCAUCAGGACCCCAACCAGACUUCCCAGCCGCCAGCCUUCCUUCUCUGCCAACCAAAGUCCACUUAAAGCUACCUCGGCAUCUCCCAUCUCACUUCCCACCUCAUCGCCUAGUUCAUUCUCCAGAGUAACUGCAUCGCCAUCAUCCGUUAGCAAAUUGGCCACCGGGGCUUCGGCAGGGCUGAAGAAACCAGCUGAUAAGGCGAACGAUGAACAAAGCGACCAUUUCAGAAAUCUCUCCAAGAGCUUCAACCAUACCCUCCGCAGAAUACCCCGGAUCUCAACUGUUAGCAUCACCGUUGACAGAGCCUAUCCGCUUCCCACGUCACUCACCACGCCAAUCAAGCCUGGGUCGCGACACCCAACAACGUCAAGUGCCCUGCCACUCUCACUGGCAUUUCGCCAGCCUCCCCCUCUUCAGCCAAGUCCAAUAGCCUUGCAGCAGACCCGUAAGACCAAAAGCUACCAAGAAUUGAAAAAAGUCUCAUCGGCAGCUGUUCUAAGCGCCAGCAAACGACAAAGCCCCCAUCCAAGCAAAAUCAACGCUUCCCCCGAAAGCCUUCAAUCCAAAAGCACCCUGACGGAUGAUGGCGCAAGCGUUCGGACUAAGCUUGAAUACUCUCAUAAUCCAUCCAUUUCCUCUAUUGCCGGCCCGAUGUCGGAAGCGUCUUCACCUGAUCUGAGCUCGGAUCGUGAUAGCCGUCCUGCCGAUCUUUUCAUCCCCCCACAAGCAGUGCCGUCCACUGUGGCUAGCUCAGAGCAUCCAGAGCCGCAAGAGUUCCAAUCGAGAGCCUAUACCUUAGAGAGGCUACAGUCGCUGGUCGGAUUGGAUGAGUUUCAGAGCCUGGUCGACUCCGACGCGCUGUACCGGCUGAUCAGCCAGCCUGCACUCUACGAAACCCAGCUGGAGAUCCAGGAGCGUGCCUUCCAGGUGUAUGUACCCCGGAACACGACGGUUGCCACCGACGGCCAAAAGUCACACGGCUUUGCGCACACCCAGCUCGGCUUCGACAUCCCGACCACAGGAUUCACAGCGACUGUUCCUCAUGCCACCCUCGACGCCGCCCCGCACCACACCCCGGCAUCCACCGAACCUUUGCCUUUUGAAACCGCCCCCUUUGCACCCACCGAAGUCUCAUCGGCGGGGCCUAGUGCGGGCCCGAGGAAAUCCAGCCAUGUCGGCAACAUCCUUCUGGAGAAGUUGGGGUGGAAAUCGAAAUCCUCUCAUGCUCAAAGCAGCAAGCACGGUACAUCCAAAAGCAUAAGCAAGGCCUUGAGGCCAUCGUCGUUUAUCCUGGUUCCCGGCUCCCAAAAGGCGAAACUGUCGGGUCAAUAUGCUGCGUCUGGAAAGACAUCCAUGUCUGAAGCACACAGAUUCUCCCAAAUCCUGGGCGCCAGAUUGGAGACAAUGAACUGCUCGACUUGUGUGGUCUUGAUGGGCGAACGAUUUCAGGUUUUGCCUAUCCUUCCCUUCACCGUGAUUGAAGAAAUUUAUCGCAGAGGAAUGCGAAUCCCAGGUAUCUUGCGCAUCUCAGGCGACCUUGACCGAAUCGAUGAAUUAGUGAAGAAGUUUGAAUUUUGUCCCAAGAAUGGGGUGGACGUUUCCACGGAAGACAUCCACACGCUCUGCGGGCUCCUCAAACACUACCUGCGCACGCUAUCGGAGCCUCUUUUCCACCCGAUUUUGAGCCACAUGUUUUGGAAGCUGUGUGUUGAGCCGAGCCAGACCAGACAGGCCGACCCGACGGAGGACGAGCAUUCGCAGCAGCUGCAUGUUGCCCGCUACCUCCUCCAGCUCCUUCCCAGUCGGGCGCUGAGUCUGUUGACCUAUGUCAUCCGAUUCCUGGCACAGAUCCCCACCUUCGCCGAGAACCGGGUCCAACACGACUCGCUUGCGGUCAUGCUUGGUCCCGCCAUCUUCGUCCCGCGCGACAUCGGCUUGCCCGGCCUCGGCCUGCAUCCCCGGGGACACAACAAGCAAGCUUCCUCGACGAUUGCCCCAUCGGUCCCUUGGCCCUCUCCAUCGUACACAGCCAGUUUCAUCGAAGAGGUCGACAAAAGCGCCCUGAGCCAACGGGCGGCUGACAGCACCUUGUGGUUGAUGAAUCACUCGAAGUCCAUCUUCGGCGUCGCGACCGAUGCUGAUCGCAGGAGAACUGGAGUGCCGUCCGACUUCAAUCUUGAAACAACGCCUCGAGAGUCCGUCUCAUCAUCGCUACAGGACCAUCAAGAAGCCACGUCCCCCCCACCCCUCUCCAGCCAGCUAACCGGCACCACCCAUUCAGAGCAACUGGUCCAAUCACCUCCACAAUCUCCAGGGACCUCAAUCCUAACUUAUUCUUCCGGCUUGACGGUCUCGCAGCCAUCAACGAUCCAUGAAGAGUCGCCCCAGGUCUCGCCCUCGAGCUCGCUUCAUUCCCAGAAGCUUCUGCUGAGUGAAAUGAACCAGCUCUCCGAGUUUGGAUACGGAAGCAUCGAAGCCAAAGACUUCGAAAUUGAUCCUGCCGAGAUCUCCGACAGGACUCCCCGACCCGGGAUGAAAUUAGAUUUCCCGGCUCGGCUAGGCGAUCAAUCUGAGGCGCAAUGCAUCGACACGGUAGAACAAUACAGAGGGAAAGUAGCCAACCGACUCAGCCAUUCAAUGGGUGCUGUUAUUGGCGCCUUCUCCAAACAAACCACCGAAGAAGUCGAGAAGAGAGACCGAAGAAAUUCGGAAAAAGUGAUUGGCUUGCUGACGCAUUACAUUGAAGGAAGAGAGGAAAAGAUUGUCAAGCAAGAGUCCUUGAUCGAAAGUCUAGUUGAGGAGAUCGGCAGACUGCACACGGUCGAGGAACGAGACGCGCUGAUGCGGGAAAAGCUGCUUAAGCAGACCCACAUCGGGCUUCCUGUCGGCGACGAAGUCAAAUCGCGCGGUUUACUCGACCAAGAGGACUUCGAACUAGACUCGACCUUGACUGCCCAAACAUCGCACACCGUCCCAGAUAAACAAAACGAGUACAUCGACUACCACGAACAAAUGUUUAACUUCUUGGCUCUCAGUCCGAAUGAGAGCACUGUCGAACUACCCGAAGUCUCUUCCUCGGGACCAGAGAAGGCAGUGCCAGAAGCGCAACCAGAACCCACUCCAACAGGCUUGGAUUUCCCGACCUCAGACCGUUUGCCGCAUGCACAUCGUCUGAGCAAGAGUCGUCUCUUCGACGUGACUGAAGAGCGUGGCGAAGAAGAGGCGGUGGAGGAGCUGCGUCUGGGCACCUCGCCCUCGAGCAAAUACUCGGCCGACUCGCCGAAGCGGAUCCGCCGCACCAGCAAGCUGGUCGGGCCCCCGCACUCGUGGCGCAAGCUCGCCGAGCCAACCGAGGUCCUCGCCGGCAAGCCCCACGACGACCUCAUCAACUUCGACGACUACGACUCCGACCACUCCAAUACCGCCUCCCUCCACUCCGAAAUCUCCAGACUCAAGUCGAUCAACUCCAACCUCAUUCGUAAACUAAAAUCCAUCGAAUCUAUCCUUGCUGACGUGUCCUUCACUUAG